AUUUGCCUGACUGCAGCUGAAGCUGUCACACGGUAGUUACAUUGAAGUCCAGUUUUAAAACGCUGCUGCAGAGGAAAUAAUGGCAGACGAGGAGCAGCUACCUCCUGGAUGGGAGAAACGAAUGAGUCGUAGUUCUGGCCAAGUGUACUACUUUAACCGCAUCACCAAUGCAAGCCAAUGGGAACGUCCAACAGGAGACGGCCGUGGAGAGGCAGACAAGGUACGCUGCUCUCACCUCCUGGUGAAGCACAGAGAGUCACGUCGUCCAUCGUCAUGGCGGGAACAGAACAUCACAAGGACUAAAGACGAGGCGCUGGAGCUCAUUCAGAAGUACAUAGAACAGAUCAAGUCUGGAGAGGAGAAAUUUGAAUCCUUGGCGUCUCAGUUCAGCGACUGCAGCUCGGCUAAGAACGGCGGAGAUCUGGGAUUGUUUGGCAGAGGACAAAUGCAGAAGCCUUUUGAAGACGCCUCCUUCGCCCUCAAAGUGGGUGACAUGAGCGGUCCUGUUUUCACCGACUCAGGAGUCCACAUCAUCCUACGCACUGGUUGAAAGGAUCAAGCCACUCACUGUACUCCCCUCUUACUACACAAACACAGUUAAACCAAAACAGACCUGUGAUUAAACUCAAUGACACAUGCCUCCCAAUAAAAACAGCUUAUGGGCUGAAUUGCAUUAUUUAAAGUGGGGCUGAUUUAGUCCUGAGCGAAUAAUUUCAUUACACCUAACGAUAAGGAGUAUUCUUCUUGUAGGACCUUGAGCUCUUAUUAACAACGGUAAUGUGAGUAAAUGAAAACAUGAGUGCCUGUGACUCUGUUGAAGUGAGCGGCCACAUGAUAACAGUUUCACACGUUGAUUGAGAAUGCGUCUGUAAAAGCUUGGAUGUUUUUGGAUGUGCAUGUCUUCAAAUGGACCAUAUACUGUUUGUUUUUUUUCCUGCAACAUUUUCUGGUUUUACUGUGUGUUUACCAAAGCAGCCCUGCUAUCAUUAUCACUGCUCCAGAAACAGAUUUUUAAUACUUUCCAGUCAUUAAAGUCCCCACAGUUAGUAGACCGUACCAGUCUCCAAAUCCUGAAUUGAUGGAAUUUGUCCCUUACAGGUGCUCAAAAAGCACCGAAUAUUUUCUUCAUAAUCAUCAUUAAAAAGAAGUGCAUGGUUACUUCUCCUCAGUGAUAUUCAAAGAUGGCACAGGUGAAAACUUGCAGGUUUUAAAAAUCAGCUCUGCAGCUUUUAAAAGCAUCAAACUUCAGAUGAAAUAUUCCUCUCUUGUGUCAUUGAAGUUAUUCUUCCAGUAAUAAAUGACUCUUUUGUAA